GACUGAUCCCCGCAGACAAAGACAGUGCUUCCUAUUUGCUGAGGAACAAGAAGUGUGGAAACGCAGUAGUCAUCGCAGUGGGCGGAGCUCCUGAAUCACUGGACGCACGACCUGGCGCUUUCACAUUGCUAGCAAAAAACAGGAAAGGAUUUGUCAGGCUGGCCAUAGAACACGGGGCAUCCUUGGUUCCGGUGUUUUCCUUUGGAGAAAACGAGCUCUUUGACCAGGUGGAAAAUCCCAAAGGCUCCUUCCUCAGAUCGGUGCAGGAGAAGCUGCGGAAGAUUAUGGGCGUAGCUCUGCCGCUGUUCCACGCUCGAGGCGUUUUUCGGUACAGCUUCGGUCUGAUGCCCUACAGGAGACCAAUUUACACCAUUGAAGAUCUGAAGAUCCUCGAGCGGCCGCAAAGGAUCAUGGGGCGGGCACAUGCGCAGUUCGAGCAAGCCUGCGAGAGCGGGGAUCAGAUAGAUCUGCACAAACUCUACCUGGAGAAGCUGAGCGAAUUGUUCGAGGAGCACAAAACUCAAUACAACGUCCCGGCUGACAAACAUCUAACAUUUGUAUAAAGACUGCGGGAAGCCCAAGUGACUCUUGUUUACACU